CUGCUUCCCAAGAGCCCUUGCCGUUACUUGAGAGAGAGAGACUUUAUUAGGAAAAAGAAACUGAGACCUCCAAAAUCUUCAUCGUUCUUUUGGGUUCAAGUGAUCGGUUUUAAUGGGUUGCGUAACCUCGAAACUCGACCAGCUACCGGCGGUCUGUUUGUGCCGCGACCGCUGUAACUUCAUCCAAGACGCUCUCCAGCAAAGCUACGCCCUUGCCGAUGCACACAUGGCAUACAUGCAGUCGCUCAAGACUCUGGGCCCAGCUCUCCACCAUUUCUUCGAUCAAUGUCUCAAAUCUUCGUCCGGCGAUGACUCUACCGUCUCCAUCGAGCAGCCGCCGAAGCUACGUUCGCCGCUGUCCUCACCUGACCAUUCUUUUUCGAGUUCUAACUCAGAUUCGCACAUUCAAUUCGAUACUGAUUCAGAAGAAGAAGAGUCGGGCGAAGAUUUUAGUAAAUAUAUUAACGAAAUCCAUAUAAGUUAUCUUAACCAGGGGUUCUUAACAUUAUAUCCUUUGUCUAAUCAUGAUUAUCAUGCUAAUACGAACCAAAGCAGAGAAAUCAGUGGCUCGGGCUGGAAAACACCUCCACCUCCGGCUCCGAGGAGCGCGGCUUGGGAUUACUUGAACUUUUUUGAUGAAAUUUACGAGAGAUACGAGUUGCCUUAUUUUUCGAGCAAACCAGUGAAGGGAGAAGGAGCUGAUGACCGUUUUGAAGCACAGGCAUUAAAGCAAAUUCACGGAGACGAGAAAUCUACUACAGAUUAUACUGAAGAAAAAAGAGAAAAUCCGAGCAGAGAAGCUGUUCCAGUAAAGAACGGUGAUGCAGAGGUUGACAAGGUUCAAAACAAGGCUGCUACAGAUGAACCCAGAAACCAAAGCGGUAAACAAAGUGUCUCUGAGGUAAUCAAAGAAUUACAGGCCCUGUUUGAGAAAGCUUCGGUGUCCGGAAAUGAAGUUUUGGAUAUGCUUGACACUGGAAAAUUUCGUUAUCAUCACAAAAAGUCUUUUUAUCAAGGUCCUGCGAAGAUAUUUCAUAUGGUUACUUCAAAUUCAUCGGAAACAGAGUCCUCGCUGCCAAAAGAGAAGAUUGAUUCUAUGGAUAAUGAUGAGGUUUUUAGUUCACAGAAUCUUUCAUCUACUCUGAGGAAACUGUGUAUGUGGGAGAAGAAGCUCCAUGAUGAAGUCAAGGAUGAGGAAAAGCUGCGUAUAAUUCAUUCAAAGAAGCAUAGCCAGAUGAAAAGCAUGGAUCAGAAGGGCGCUGAUGCUCACCGAGUUGACUCCACACGAACUUCGAUUAGGGCCUUAUCUACUAAAAUGAGAGUUGCAGUUCAAGUUAUUGACAACAUAGCAAUUACCAUAAAUAAGCUGAUGGUUGAAGAGUUGUGGCCACACAUCAAUGAGCUGAUUCACAGAUUGUGUGGAAUGUGGAAGGUAAUGCUAGAAUGCCAUAGCUGUCAGUACCAAAAGGUUAUGGAAGCAAAAUGUUUGGAUAUCAUUAGUAUGAAUGAAAAUCUUAACGACACUAAUCUCGAAGUGGCAAUGAAACUAAAGCUUGAGCUUCAAAACUGGAUUCUUAGCUUCUCUAGUUGGAUUGAAGCUCAGAGGGGCUAUGUCAAAGCUUUGAAUGGUUGGCUACAUAGAUGUCUCCUAUAUGAACCAGAGGAAAUAACAGCAGACGGUGUUUCAUCCUUCUCUUCUAGUGGAUGCGGAGUACCCCCAGCGUUGGUGAUGCUUAACCAGUGGUCGGAAGUCAUGGAUAGAGUGUCGGAGAAAGAGGUGGCUGAAGCUAUGCAUGGAUUUUGGAAGAGCAUAAACCAAAUACUGGAACACCGUGAUUCUAAACUGCAGCAAAGUAUUAUUGCUGAUAAGGAUAUGGAAAGAAAAAUAAAAGAUUUGGAAAAAGAGGAGCAAAGAAUGCAAGCUCGAGUGAAAAAGAUGACACUGUGGGGGAGCAAAGAAAGUGUCGUUGUUCCACCAAGAGAUACCAGCGACGCUUCUGCUAGUUUACAGUAUGAUCUAAAGCAGAUUUUCAUGACAAUGGAAAAGCUUGCUUCUCAGAGCAGCCAAGCUUAUGAGGAGCUUCCCCAAUGCAUUGAAAAGUGCUAGGGCAUGGCCCCUCAAGAUAACGCCUAAUGUCCUUAAUUCAUUCGACAAGUAUUUCAUUAUGGUUUUCGAUAGGGGAGGUAAUUAUCCAUAAGACCCCUGCCGAUGACAUCUCUCAUAUACUUAUCUAUUAAGAAUUGUUUGAUUGAAAACCUGUUUUAAGCAGCUGAUUCUGAUUGUUAGCCGACUAAUUGCGUUUCCAUUGCCGAAAGUCAAGGAACCGAAUCGUAAAGUCAUGGUCAGUUGGCAUUUUCCCCUCAAUUUGUCUUCGUCUUUUUUGACCAAGAUAAGGUACUGAAUUUUGGGGAUGAGCA